AUGAAUAAGCUGAACCUCUCGGGCAGUAGUGAUGGCCACCAAUCGGGAGACAAACGAAAUAACAAUUGCGAAAAUGGGAAGCGAUUCAAGUGGAAGAGACCGCCGAAGAGACCAUCUCGACACUCGCGCCAGACAUCCAACUACUAUAGGAUGUGUGAUAAGUAUCAGUGCAGCGAAUGCUUCAAUUGGUUGCCAUCAGAAACGGCUUUAGAGACGCAUUCAAAUAAGUACCACAAGAACUCGAAACCCUUCGUGUGUGUCACGCAUUCAAAUAAGUACCACAAGAACUCGAAACCCUUCGUGUGUGUCGUAUGUAAGGCCACGUUCUUCGCCAACCUCUCACUUCUCAACCAUUUGUCACAAACACAUCAAAUGUCUGCCUUUGCGUGCGAUUCGUGCGACUAUAAGACACGGACUAAACAUCACUUAAUCCAACACAUGAUCACACACUCCAAGGAUAGGCCCUAUAAAUGCCAUUUCAAAGGCUGUAACAAAUCGUUUAAACGCAAGUUUGAGUUAAUUCGACACAAUAUUCUUCAUAAGAAGCGCUUCCAAUGCAAGGAAUGUAAUGAGAGUUUCAAAGACAAUCCGUCACUUCUUAACCAUUUGUCUCUCAAACAUAAAAUAUCACUCUUUGAGUGCGAUUUGUGUUGUUAUAAGACAAAGAUUAAACACCAUCUGAUCCAACAUAUGGUCACCCAUUCCAACGAAAGACCAUUCGGGUGUCACAUCCAUGGAUGCAAUCAAACAUUCAAACGCAAAGACAUGUUAAUCAGACACGAAAGACUUCACCAUUAUAAUGAAAAUGAGAUGUCGGACACAGUAUUGGAUGAGGACUUCUCGUUCGUUGAUUCGGCCGAAGAGGUGAUGCCCUCCCGAGGACUCAACGCCGGACACAUCGGACACAACACCGGACAUACCAUUGAAGACCAGAUCAGUAAUAAUUAUUACGUGGCCAGAGAGGAGCAGUCAUUUCAAUUGUUGCCUUACUUUGGUUACAGUGAAGAGUAUUUAUCUCUAAUUCACUCCAAGACUGGCAUCGAUGCCAUCAGACGGACGGCCCUUCAGUCGGGUUUAAGGAGUUGUCGGUUCCGAUUGUACAUCGAAUCCAUAUAUCAUAUCAAUAAAUUCGGUGUAUUCCAUACAAAUGUGGAUUUGACAAUAUUUCUGGAAUGUCUGCCCGAAACGAGUGAAGAGAGAAUAACCAAGAUUGCAGAGUUGCGAUCCAAGUAUGAGUUUGAGGGCACAUAUCCCGUACGGCCCUCUCUGUCCUCGACGAACCACCACUGGGUGUUGCCGUUUAGGUCUCGAUCUUUAAGCACUGCCACGGAAUUUGAGGGUCCCUUUGAGGACAUCUCUACACUUCUUGAGCUCAGCCAAUGCGACCAUAACGUCGUCCUCGUGAGCAAGUCGUUCGGUGGCCAACACUCUCUGCAAGGCAUCCAACUUUCAUCCGAUUCUCCGUCUGUCGGGAAAUCGAUGGACGAAAUGUGCGUCAAUUCGUUCUCCUGUUUGCCGUUUGGGGCUCUUCUCACAACACUUUCGGGCCUUUGUCUGCGAGCGUCGACCGAUUCAACGGCAAGAUGGUUGAAGUGGAGUGGGGUGUUGUGGGGAUGGAUAUCUCAUCAAAUGGUAGAGACAUUGGGCGUAAUCACUGCCCAAAAGAAUUUAACGCCUAAUACCGAGAAUAAUGAGGUCUCGGUCGGCGCUGAGAACGGCUCUAUGUUUAUGGUGUCCGUCGGCUAUCAGGCCAUCAAUCGUGAGAAAAUCAUUCCAAAAUUGUAUAUUAAUACUGCAAUUUUGAAAAAUAAGAAUAAUACAAUCCAGGUGUCUUUAUUAAUUAUGAAUCCGAAUAUAUCGUUGCCCGAAGAGUUCAUCCUCGGAAACUCUUUGACAAUGUUAUCCAAUGGAAUUUACAUUGGUGCGAUUUCAUUAUCCAAUCUAUAG